AGUUAUAAAAGAUCCAAAACAUGUACAUGAGCUCAAAGAAAGAAAAACAGAGGAUUUUCCCUAAAGUUAGUUUGUCUGAAGUCCAACCAGAAGCGUUAAACACGACCCUUCAUGCUUUCUGUGGAAAUAGACGAACACAGUUAGAAUCAGAUGUGAUUUAAACUCCUCGGCAGCAGUAAAGUGUCGUCCUCCUCUUUCUGAUGAAAUGAGCUGCACAACACAGGAUGAGGAAAUGCAGUGACUUCACCCCUUUAUUGCCUUGCAAAUAUCCCUGUGCUGCAAACACUGAGCCCUUUGCCCGGACAUAUCAGUUGAUCCUCUGACAGCUGAUGCUGGACUGGACUGUGCUGGGAGGAUUUCUGGUUCAUUUGAUCUGUAUGAGGCUGCGUUUUGCUGGCUUGGACUGAUUAACUGCUGUCAUGGCUGACAUGAACUCUCAGCCACCCGCCUCAGGCUCGGCCCAGAAGCUCGACCAGGUGCAGACUCAGGUGAACGAGGUCAAAGUUAUUCUGAAAGACAACAUCAACAAAGUGCUGGAGAGGGGAGACAGACUGGACGAUCUGAUCGGCAAGACGGACGACCUGCAGGCGUCUGCCGACUCCUUCCAGAGGACAUCCACGCGGGUGGCCCGGAAGUACUGGUGGAAGAACAUUAAAAUGAUGAUUAUCAUCGGUGUGGUGGUGCUGAUCGUCCUGAUCCUCAUCAUCCUCGCUGCCACCAAAGUUAUAUGAGCGUCCUCUCCAUCUGCUCGGGACUGAAAGCUGCGAAGCUCGUCCUCCACGGCUGUAAUUGCACUCACAAAUUUAUCUUUUAAAAGUGUGUCUGUACAGUUAAAGGCUAAGUGUUACCUGAUGAGGUGACUGUAAUGACUGAAUUAAACAUCCUGAACACUCCAAAAGUAAUUUACACAAGUGGUUCCCAACCUAGGGUCCCUGGACCUCCAAGGGGUCCCCCAAAGAGCACAAGGGGUCCCAGAGGCUUUAACUGUUCAGUGAUUUAAAUGAAGGCCAUGUCCACACAGACAAGUUGGGGUGUUUUAUCAUCUGGGUGUUCUUAUUCACAUGGAACCAGUGUUGGGGGAGCCUGAAAACACUAACAUGGAGGGGGCCGGGGUCCUCAGGUUGGUAACCACUGAUAUUCACGACAUCAAAACCAGUAAUGAUGCAUCCAAGUGAGUGGUCGUUGUUUUUAUUUGAUGCUUUUUAAAUGUCCAACACAGCGUGUAUAUAUAAUGUAUGUUUGUCUGUCAGUCGCUGUAAUAACAUGUAUCAUAUGACUGAUAAAGAGGGAAAUUCUUUAUUUGCUG